UCUCGCCGGCAAUCACUCGCAGGGUAAACGGAACAAGUACAGACAACAAGGACAGACGAGUAGAUUCCGUCAGAGGGCAAGACAGCGGCGAUAGUUGAUGGCGAAGGCGCACUGAUCAGACGGAGACCUCUGGCGUCUCUUUGUAUCAUCGACUUCAGGCAAACCACGACUACGCAAGCCCUGUCGCCUCCACGCCCAUCUAGACGCCUCCGGCUGACACAUGCACGUCGGCGAACUCAUCGACAUACAUCCGUUCAACACGCGUCACGUGUUGCUGUGAUACAUAUUGCCACGAAGACGCCAGGUCGAGACGAUCAGCACUGCAGUUGCCCUCGACGCGUUCGGAACGCGUCUUCCUGGUCGCGGUCCCCUUCACCAUGUCGACAUAUUACGAUCCCAGCGCGAUCCUCACAGACGCUCAGAAGGCACCAUGCACCUUCGAAUUCGCCGCUCCCCAACUGGCACCUCUCAACAACGGCACUGCUGUCGAGCAAGGAACGAAACUCGAACUGCCCCUCUGGCUUGGCGGAGUCCUGGGCGCAUCGGAACCGGCUGGACCUGGGACAGGAUACCUUUGCACAGUCGAUAUGCCUAAUUGCCUGGGAAAGCGCGUCAUCAAUGCCUUGAGUGCUGAUCCUAAAAGCGUGGAGCUGAGGCAGCAAGCACAAUGGUUUUAUGGUAUGGGCGAGCACAUGUUGACACUUUUCGAUGACGAGGCUGUCGCGGAGGUUCUGAUUGAUUCGUUUAAGCAGCGUGCGAUGGAGAUUGCGGACAAAGCGCAAAACAGUAGGCAAGUGCAGCAGGGUGGAGAGGGAAACGAAUUCCUGGGCGGCUUGGACGAAGCCGAGCGUCAAUUAUUUCGUGCCGCUCACGAUGGCAGUAGAGCCGUCAAAAACUGGUUCGACGUUGCCUCGCACAAAGCAUAGCAGCGUCCCUUGGCUCUUUUUCACUACGUGGAGCCUCGAGUAUGAUCACGGCUUGGACUUGCCACUUGGAAGAAGCUGCCGACAGCACGACGCCAGGCUUGCGCACCUCCGCUGCUUUUGCCUCCAUGCUUCGCCCUCGUCUGGCCGAUCUGAUGCUGUCGUGCCUGGAUAGCCGAUGUCUUGGUCUUGGUUGAGAGGGCCGCAUUGUGCCAUGACGCUCUCUGAGCCAAUCUACAAGACCAAUUUGCUGCUUUUGGCGCUUCCAUACCUUGGUCGUGACAUCAUGCCCUUAUGCCUGGUCGUCUACGAUGCACAAUGCCCAGAGCAAGCGCCACAUCGGAUCGCUAUCACAUUUGCACUCCGAUCAGAACCAGAACACAGCGGAAACAGUGGAGCUAGGGCACCAUAUUCGGAACUGAGCCUGCCAUCCACACGCCGUGGACCCACGCCAUCAUCCACCUUCAGGACGUGCUCACAUUCCAGCGGCUUCUUGCUCCGUAGGGAAGUCCCCAUUUGGCAAUGUCUUCGACGCUUCCUCGGCGGACAGCAAGGGUUGAAGGAAUCGUUCACAAUCCGUAAGACGAUGCUAGAUACUCCAGUUGCUACUGGUAUGGACAUGCUGCACCACAUACUCUUUCAUCAUGAGCCAAGUCGAUAUAUCUGGUCUGGUUGAAUGAUCAAUGGGCCGCCUCAGUUAUCAUCAUUUCAAAGCGAAGCAACAAUCCAUAUAAGCGUAUUCUGAAUUUUAGGCAGCACAUACUUGUCUCCUAAGGUCCAGCUUGCAGCAGCUCUCUCAGACGAGCCCCUCGGCCAUCGUCUUCUGAUGACCUAUGGCUUUCUGCGCCGCUUCGAGCUCGCCUUUGCAGC